AUGUCUGCUGCUGUUUCUGCUUCUACUUCUCUUUCUUUCUCCUCCUCCUCUCUUUUCCUCUCCUCUUCUCAUAACAAAAUCCCCAAACUGACCUCCUCAUCCACAUCUAAACCCCACAAUUCCCUCAAAUCCCUCUCCAUUUCUUGCCAAGUAGCAACCCUUCCAAUCCUCUCUUUCACCGGGGAAAAAAUCGGCGAAACGUACUUAGACCUCAAGUCGGCCCCACCCGAGACCGCUCGUGCUGUCGUUCACCGAGCAAUCAUCACAGACCAACAAAAUAAGCGCCGCGGCACGGCCUCAACUCUAACCCGCAGUGAAGUCAGAGGUGGCGGCAAAAAACCCUACCCUCAAAAGAAAACGGGCCGGGCCCGCCUAGGUUCCAUGCGCAGCCCACUUCGCCCCGGUGGUGGCGUAAUCUUUGGGCCCAAGCCCAGAGACUGGUCAAUCAAGAUAAACAAGAAGGAAAAACGGCUAGCCAUCUCGACGGCUUUAUCAAGUGCUGCGAGUGAGAAAGAGAGCGUGAUUUGUGUUGAGGAAUUUGGGGAGAAAUUUGAGAAGCCGAAAACGAAGGAGUUUAUUGAAGCAAUGAAACGUUGGGGAUUGGACCCGAAAGAGAAAGUAAUGUUUUUGACGAUGGAUGUUAGUGAUAAUGUGGGAUUGUCGAGCAGGAAUAUUGGGACUUUAAGGAUGUUGACGCCUAGGACUUUGAAUUUGUUUGAUAUUUUGAAUUCGGAUAAGUUGGUGCUUACGUCCGAUACUGUGGAUUAUUUGAAUGGUAGAUAUGGAGUUGAUUUUGAAGGAGAGACCGACGAAGAUGAAGAGGAUGAUCAAGAUGGAAGCGAAGAAACUGAGGGAAAUGAGAAUGCUGAUGCAACAGACUGA